AUGGCGUCACUGCUGCCACUGCUCUGCCUCUGCGUCGCAGCCGCGCACCUGGCUGAGGCGCGAGAUGCCUUCCCCACCGAGGGGCCCACAGGGACCGCGUGGGGGUUCCACGGACAGUCACCACCCUCUGGCCAGCCCUCACCAGCCCUGGACAACUGGGAAGAGGCCAGCGAGUGGACGUCCUGGUUCAACGUGGACCACCCGGGCGGCGACGGCGACUUCGAGAGCCUGGCGGCUAUCCGCUUCUACUACGGGCCGGCGCGCGUGUGCCCGCAGCCUCUGGCGCUGGAGGCACGCACCACGGACUGGGCCCUGCCGGCCACCGUCGGCGAGCGCGUGCACUUGAAUCCUACGCGCGGCUUCUGGUGCCUCAACCGGGAGCAACCGCGCGGCCGCCGCUGCUCCAACUACCACGUGCGCUUCCGCUGCCCGCUUGAGGCUGCGUGGGGCACAUGGGGCCCGUGGGGUCCCUGCUCGGGGAGCUGCGGGCCAGGCCGUCGCUCGCGCCGCCGCAGCUGCCCCGUUGAGGACAAGUGUCCCGGGCGUCCGCUGGAGGCCCAGAAGUGCGUGCGGCCUCAGUGCCCAGGGUGCAACCCUGAUACCUGUGGGUGCCCGAACCAUGUUCUCCUGGGUGUGGUGGUCACCCCAUCGGGGCGACCACUACCAGCAAGGGUCUUUCUGCAAGGCCGGCCAGGCACCGUGGCCACCAGCAAUGCCCACGGAAACUUCCGGGUACCUGGCAUUUGUGCCAGCAGCCGGGCCAACAUCAGCGCCCAGGUGGACGGCUUCUCUGCAGGCGUGGCCCAGGCCCAGGCUAAUGGCUCCGUCUCAGCUGUGGUCACUGUUGUUCUUAAGAAGUUGGAGAAGCCAUACCUGAUGAAGCACCCUGAGUCCCGAGUGCGAGAGGCAGGCCAGAAUGUGACCUUCUGCUGCAAAGCCGCAGGCACCCCCACACCCAAGAAAUACUCCUGGUUCCACAACGGGACCCUGCUGAAUAGGAGAGAGCUCCGGUACGGGGCCCAACUGGAGCUGCGGGGACUGCGCCCAGACCAGGCAGGCACCUACCACUGCAAGGCCUGGAAUGACGCGGGCACCAUCCGCUCAGCUGCUGCCUGGCUCACCGUGCUGGCUCCGGGCCAGCCAGCCUGCGAUCCCCAGCCCCUAGAGCACCUGAUCAAGCUCCCAGAUGAUUGUGGUCAGCCAGAUGGCAGCCCUGCCUACCUGGAUGUGGGCCGCUGCCCUGAUGUGCGCUGCCCUGGCCCCCUGGUCUCCGGCCCCCGGUGUGGGGACUCCAGCACCCGCUGCUGCUCUGUGCGGCGCCUGCAGAGCCAGGCGGUCCGCUGCUCUGGUUAUGUCCUCCCUGUGAAGGUGGUGGCUGAGUGUGGCUGCCAGAAGUGCCUACCCUCGCGGGCCCUGGUCCGGGGCCGUGUGGUGGCUGCCGACUCAGGGGAGCCCCUGCGCUUCGCCCGCAUCCUGCGGGGCCAUGAGCCUAUCGGCUUCACCUCCUACCAGGGUGACUUCACUAUUGAGGUGCCACCAUCCCCGGAGCGCCUGGUGCUGACCUUCCUGGAUCCCAGUGGUGAGUUCGUGGAUGCCGUCAGGGUUCUGCCAUUUGACCCGUGGGGCACUGGUGUGUACCAUGAGGUCAAGGCCAUGCGGAAGCGAGUCCCGGUCAUCUUGGACGCCACUCAGAGCAACAGGAUCCCACUUGGUGAGCUGAGGGACGAGGCCCCCAUGGGCGAGCUUGUCCUGCCUCCAGGGGCAUUCCGUUUUGCCAAUGGCCGGCCCUACCUGGGUGCUGUGGAGGCCCGAGUGACCUUCGUGGAUCCCCGCGACCUGGCCUCUGUAGCUGCUGCCCCCAGUGACCUGCUCUUCCUGGACCACGAUGGGGAGCUGACACCACUGCGCACAUAUGGCAUGUUCUCCGUGGACCUCCGUGCCACCAGCUCUGGGGAGCAGCUGCAGGCUGGGCCCCUGGCCGUGCGCGUGGCUGCUGGGCAGAUCCACAUGGCUGGCCACGCAGAGGCACUCAGGCUGUGGUCACUGGACCCCAGCACAGGCCUGUGGGAGGAGGAGGGCCGCUUCCAGCGUGAGGCACCCACCGGCCCCCGGGUACGCCGGGAGGAGCGGGUCUUCCUGGUGGGUAAUGUGGAGGUUCGAGAGCGGCGCCUGUUCAACCUGGACGUGCCCGAGCGCCGCCGAUGCUUUGUGAAGGUACGUGUCUACGCCAACGACAAGUUCACACCCAGCGAGCAGGUGGAGGGUGCCGUUGUCACGCUGGUCAACCUAGAACCUGCACCUGGCUUCUCAGCCAACCCCCGUGCCUGGGGCCGCUUUGACAGUGCCGUCACUGGCCCCAAUGGCGCCUGCCUCCCUGCCUUCUGCCACGAAGAACAGCCCGAUGCCUACACUGCCCUUGUCACAGCCACCCUGGGGGGUGAAGAGCUGGAACCCGCGCCCUCCCGACCCCGCCCACUUCCGGCUGCCGUUGGCGUCACGCAGCCCUACCUGGACAGGCUGGACUACAGGCGCACAGACCACGAGGACCCUGCUUUUAAACGAAAUGGCUUCCGUAUCAACAUGGCCAAGCCCAGGCCCGGCAACCCUGCUGAGGCCCGUGGGCCCGUGUACCCCUGGCGCAGCCUGCGCGAGUGCCAGGAGGCCCCUUUGACUGAUAGCCACUUCCGCUUUGCUCGUGUAGAGGCCGACAGAUAUGAGUAUAACGUGGUGCCCUUCCGUGAGAGUGCGCCUGCCUCCUGGACCAGCGAUUUCCUGGCCUGGUGGCCCAACCCACAGGAAUUCCGGGCCUGCUUCCUCAAGGUGCGCAUCCAGGGCCCCCAGGAGUACAUGGUGCGUGCCCGCAGUGCUGGGGGCAUCCACCCACGCACCCAGGGCCAGCUCUAUGGGCUUCGGGACGCCCGCAGUGUCCGAGAUCCCCAGCAGCCCAGCACAUCUGCCGCCUGUGUAGAGUUUAAGUGCAGUGGGAUGCUGUUUGACCAGCAACUGGCAGACAGGACGCUGGUGACCAUCACACCACAGGGCAGCUGCCGCCGCACGGCCAUCAACACACUGCUGCACGACUACCUGGCCAGGCACCCCCCACCUGUGCCGACUGAUGACCCCAUCGCCUUCUCUAUGCUGGCCCCACUGGACCCGCUGGGUCACAACUAUGGCGUCUAUACUGUCACUGACCAGAGCCCACGGCUGGCCAAGGAGAUCGCCAUUGGCCGCUGCUUCGAUGGUUCCUCUGAUGGCUUCUCACGGGAGAUGAAGGCCGACGCUGGCACCGCCGUCACCUUCCAGUGCCAGGAGCCACCCACCGGCCGGCCCAGCCUCUUCCAGCGGCUGCUGGAGUCCCCAGCAUCGGCUCUGGGUGACAUCCGCCAGGAGAUGGGUGAGGUGGCCCGAGCCCAGGCUCGUGCCACUGGCCCCCUCCGCACCCGCCAGGGCAGAGCCUGGCAGUGA